GAAAUCUGUUGGGCUUUGCCUGCGCAGGUUCGAAUCCUGCUGUCGACGGAAUUUUAUUAUUUUUACGUUUGGACUUUAAAACGACGUCGUCUCUCGUUUUGAUACCUCUUUUUCAUUUCUGGAUUCUGAAGCAUGAUAUCUUUCUGAACCUCCAAAGAUUUUCAGAGUGAAAAAACACUUUUGGUCAGGGAAAGAAACCGUCAUCUCUUUCUCGGCAACCAAACGGAGAGCUACGAAUUCUAUCUUCGUUCACGACUCCGAACCCUAGCCGAUGGCUUCGAACACGCCGAACCUAGAGUGCCGGAUGUACGAAGCCAAGUAUCCAGAGGUGGACAUGGCGGUGAUGAUUCAGGUGAAGAACAUCGCUGACAUGGGAGCCUACGUCUCCUUAUUGGAGUAUAACAACAUCGAAGGCAUGAUUCUAUUCUCAGAGCUCUCUCGCCGUCGGAUUCGUAGCGUGAGUAGUCUCAUCAAAGUCGGCAGGCAAGAGCCUGUCAUGGUGCUUAGGGUUGACAAAGAAAAAGGGUAUAUUGAUCUGAGCAAAAGAAGGGUUUCGGAAGAGGAUAUUCAAGUCUGUGAGGAGAGAUACAAUAAGAGCAAGCUUGUUCAUUCCAUUAUGCGCCAUGUUGCUGAGACUAUGAAUCUUGAUCUGGAGGAUCUGUAUAUUCAUGUUGGGUGGCCUCUGUACCGAAAAUAUGCGCAUGCUUUUGAGGCGUUUAAAUUGAUUGUGACUGAUCCUGAUUCAGUUCUGAAUUCCCUAACUCGUGAAAUCAAAGAAAUUGGUCCUGAUGGCCAAGAGGUGACCAAAGUGAUCCCUGCUAUGUCAGAGGAGGUGAAGGAUUCUUUGAUCAAGAACAUUAGAAGGCGAAUGACACCACAACCAUUAAAAAUCCGUGCUGACAUAGAAAUGAAAUGUUUCCAGUUUGAUGGUGUUCUUCACAUCAAGGAAGCUAUGCGUAAAGCUGAAGCUGCCGGCAAUAAAGACUGCCCUGUGAAAAUAAAAUUGGUUGCUCCUCCCCUCUAUGUUCUAACCACUCAAACUCUUGACAAGGAGCAAGGAAUGUUAAUUCUUAAUAAUGCAAUCACUGCUUGUACCAAAGAAAUUGAACAACACAAGGGAAAACUAAUUGUGAAGGAAGCACCAAGAGCUGUGAGUGAAAGAGAUGAUAAACUACUAGCUGAGCAUAUGGCAAAACUUCGGCAGGACAAUGAAGAGGUUAGUGGUGAUGAAGGUGAGGAAGAGGAGGAAGAUACAGGAAUGGGAGACGCUGAUUUGGAAAGUUCAGGUCCUGGACUGACAGAGUAAAACCCAGUGAGAAAAAAAAAAAACAAUUUUGCUUACAUGGAAUUUGUUUCUUAAACAUGUUUGAAAUUUGAUGUAUAGGUUUACCCAUUACCUUGUAUCGUGUCUGUGCCCCUCCCUUGAUCUGGCAGUUAAUUUCCUAGGUUAUCCAUCUCCUAGAAGGGUUGAGUUACUUGGUAGAGCUUUUUUCCUACCGAAGAAUUUUAUUAUUUAACAGUUUUGCAGUUUCAUUCA